ACCUGGCUCAAAAUCUCGCCGGCCCUUGAAUAUUUGUCCCGAUUUCCCACCUUAAAAAUUGGAAAAAUGAGCCCUCAAAAGACAUUACUUGCUUGUAUAACAGGCCAGCGUGUCUCUCUAGAAGCACCCAAAUCUGGCGCGGAUCUGGAGGGAGGGUUAGCUAGGGCUUCCCGAUAUUACUCUCCAUAUCAGGGAAUCGAUGUACUGGAGGUUGAUCGAGACGGGCUUCAAGGUGUUGGAGGCCGUUUAGGAAUUUCUGGUCCAUCAUUCAAGAUCAAGGUGGAUGGCAAACCAACAGAAUUAAAGGUCGAGUUAUAUAAGCUUAUCAACUACCAUCUCAUUAUUGUGAAAGUGGAGGGUCAAAAAAUAAUGCUGCAUGGCAUUCAGGAGGGUAGAGAACCGCGGAAUCGUAACGGCCUGGAUUUUGAAAAAAUAAGAGACCAUGUUGCUAAUGGCGGUUGCUAUGAUUGGAAGAUAUCGGGGACUAUAUCUCGUCCACGCCCGAAGCUUCCUCAUUCCUCUAGUUCAGACCGGAAGAGGCGCGGGAAAUGAAGGGCCAAAAUCUCUGUGAAGUUCCCUGCAGUCGUUUCUGGAUGGAUAAAAGAAUGGUGGCGCAGAAUCUUUGGCAAAAGUGGGCUAGUAAAUUGUAGCAGUCAUUUUAUACAUGUUUUUUUUUUUUUUCAUAUUUCUAGUUUAACGAUGUAUUUCUAGUUUAAGGAGGUCGUAUGUGUUAUGAACCUCACAAGUGAUGUGGUGUUUAUGUUUUGGAAUGCUUAAAUUGUAAUGAUUUUGUGGUUUCAUACCCACAACUUUAAUUUUUGAGAAGUACUCAAUCGGAUGUGUAUUAAAAGGAGAGGGGAAGUAAGAAGCAUAGGAAUGACUAGGAUUGUAAGAAUCAAAACUACUGAAUGAAAAGCGAAAAGCACAAGAGUUUUGAAAUGUGAUUAACGUCACCUUUAUAUUAGCCUUUUGGUGGCUAGCUAGAUAAAGCAUCAUCAAGUGUCCAAAUGAAAUUAAUUUCCAUCCUUUCAUUCCCGCAAUAUUU